CAUAAAACUAACCCAAUAUUUGUCAACGAAAUGUCAAUAAAUUUCAGUGUAAUAGAUAAGAGACCUUUAUCGAAACACAUUGUACAUGAUUGAAUCCGCUCGAUAUGACAUCCUUAAGUAAAUCAGAGAAGAACAAAGUCAAUAAGGAAGAAAAUAGACUUCGAGAGUCGGAUUUGUUCAGCGCAAACAAAUACGUCGAAGAUUUUUACAAUGGAAUCAGGAAAUUACCUUCCAAUCAGCAAAUUCUUAUCGCCUCGACUUCAGGAUGGAUUUUGGGAGUGUUUACAAUGAAAAUUGGACGAGCUUUGGCAGUCGUUCUCGGCGGCGGCCUUAUUUUACUACAAUAUGCAAGAGAAAAAGGUUAUGUCACGAUAAAUCCGGACACAUCUGAGAAAGAAAAAGAAGUUAGAAAUACCCAUCCGUCCGAUGAAACGAUAGGAUUUCUGUCUCAAUGGUUCGAUAAUCUGAUUAAAUUUGCUUCGAGAAGUUCCUCAAUGACAUCCGGAUUUUUAGGAGGAUUUUUUAUAGGAUUGGCUUCCUUUUGAUUAUGUAUUAUAUCUAUAUUAUCUUAUAAUAAAAAAUAUUAUAGAAAAAA